AUGACAAACUUCUCCCACGCUGCAGCCACCAUGGCGGACCUCGGUGGACAUCAUUUGCACAACCAUAACCUUCAUCACAGUAAGCCCAGCGCCAUUCACCAUACCAAUCCCCGUUCAACCAAAGACGAUCCCGUCCUCGGCACGACACGUCCAACCGAGGGCGCCGGCAGUGGGCUAUCUGCCUCGGAAGAACUCACAAACGAAGGCGACGAAGAGGACGAUUCCGAUGCUCAUGAAGAUGAACAAGAAGGUGACGAGGAAGAUGAGGACGCCUUAGCCCCGUCUCGAGGGUCAGGAAAAGGCAAAGGGAAAGGCAAACGCCCGGCCAUCCGCAUCGAGCCCGCUUGCGAUGAUGAGUCGGACGAGGAGACUACAUCCUGUGAGACGGCGCCAAAGGCCGGUAAGCCGAGUGAGGGCCAAUUGGGCUUGAACAACAAGAAACGUACCUUCAGCAACCUCUCGAGCACAUCGUUGCUCUUUGGCGAUGAUGAUGCUAGCACGCACACAUUUCCUCGUCCCAAGAUCGCUCGUAGACUGAGUCACACCAAUGGGACGGGGCUACUGGCUUACCAGGCCACUGGAGACGACGAUGCAAACAGGCUCGAGAACGCCAUCAUGAGCUCUGACGAUGAGACCGAGGAGCGCGCUGAAAAGGCAAUCACCGACGAUGACGACGACUAUGCCGGUCUGACCGAGAUCCUCGAAGACGAAUCGGACCUCGAUAAAAUCGAGGAGGAAGAAGAGAGCUUCAUCAUCAACGAGGAGCAACAGCAGACCGAGAACCUGUAUGCCAAGGCCGUUCGCGAUGCACGCAGACACGGCCUCGAGAGUUCCGGAAGCUUGUUUGAUGUGGGCGACGAGAUAUUCGGGACAUAUUCCGAUAUCAAUUUCGGCCAGUUCUUUGAGUUUGAGGAGGAGCCCACAUCUCCCGAGCCUACUCCCUCUAGAAAGUUUUCAGAUGCAUCUACUAAACGCGUACGAUUCGACGACGAUGUCCAGAAAUCCAAUGAGUCCAGCUCGUCUUCCUCUGAUUCCGAGGACGACCUCUUCCCUGAUCUCUUUUUGGAGCAAGACAAGCUGCCCCCCAGUGUACACCAGCUUAUGGAGAUGACCAACGAAACCGACGAGGACCCUCUGUCGGAUGCUUCCGAUCAGGAUUAUUACGAGGCGAGCCACGGCUUGGCUUCGAAUGAUGGAACCGGUGACAUGGAGGCAGAAUAUGCGUCAUCCGAAGCCGGCUCCAGUGGCUAUGAGAGCGACGGGACUGACACUGGCGAUACAACGGAGGAGGAUGAUUCUGAUGGAGAAUUCAGAACCAUGCCUCAUACACCCCGCCCAAAGUCCGUCCUACAUUGCCCGUCCUCCGCGCCUGCUUCCAGGGCAGUCACGCCUAAGCCAUUCCAGCGAUCAGCCCGAGCACCUGUUCCCGCUCGCGGGACAGGGUCUGCCCGUGGACCUCCCCCUGCCUGCGGUAUCUUCAUCCACGAUGAUACCACUGAAGCGAUCGCCGUGACCAACCGCACAACCAAGACUCUCACGUUCUACCGGCCCCGCGCAGCUCCGGUGCAAGGACAAUUCACCCCCCGCAGUAGCAGCGCUAGCACUGCAAACAGCAGUCCGCGCGCAUCCCUGCAGCAACUGAACGCUUCCGAUGGAGAGGUCAACAACGGAGUAUUGGGUAAUAUAUUCCUACCAACCUCGGAUAUCAUGUUUACGGGCUUCUUUGGCCUUGAUCCCACCGAAUCCUUCCUGACGACGGGCCAGACUAUUGGUCCUCCUGAAGCAUUCUUUCCCUUCGUCAGCGUGGCAAAUGGUAUGAUCAUACCCGACGAUGAGGAUUUUAUGGAUGACGAAGACUUUGAAGACGACAUCAAACUGGAAGACUUCCUCGAGAUGGGUUCCGAUGACGAUGAAACGGAAUACCAGCAGUAUGAUGAUGACGAGACGGAUGUACCAGCUACGCCGGCUACAUCCACGAUUGCGCUCAACGGAUCGACCCCGGCACGACCCACGCCCAUGGCCGAGACUCCAGUACCGCGGAGACACACCACUACCGAUGCUAUGCUGGAACACUUUGAUCGUGCAGGCGUUACCGCCUUCCGGAACAACCAGAACCGAUUCCGUGACAUUGCCUGCCAGCCAUAUGAUCCUAAUCUCCGCCAUUCCAUGUCGCGUCCCAUUCGAUCCGGCAGGUCCGCCGACACGCUGAUGUCUCCUCUGCGCAAGCGCAGUUCGAUAGCUAAGAAGAUCGGUGGCUCACCCUUCGCUCGUGUCAACACAGCCAGCGACCGCUUGCAGUCGUCGUUGAAGAAAAAAGGGAAGGGCCCCCCUAUGGGCACUUUUUCCUGA